AUGAUCCAAUCCAUAUUUGAGAACGAAGACAGUCAGGCCUGUGAUAAGAAUAAAUUUUGGAUGAAUUGUGAUAGCAUCCCAUCCUCUCCAUUAUAUGAAGGAAUUCUUAUUGAGCGUACCAAAAAAGGCCUGGUCUCAAAUCUAUACAUAUUAUCAGGUUCAGCGUUAUUUAAGGCUAACCCAGAAACGUUUAUUGUGACCAAAGUCACAAUUUUGAAGUGAAAAAUAAUUCAAAUUUUGGUCGAUGGAAGUGAAAAGGACAAGAAUUACGGCUUCAGAAUAGGCCAUUUAGGGCUUUAUCGAGAUUUUUAUGCCCAAAAUCAAGACGACUUAAACAACUGGAUAGCACAGCUGUCUAGUAUAGGAAUUAUGACUGAAAUUGAAAAUGACUAUUGCAUAUUAGAAGAAAUUGGUAAAGGGUCGUUUUCAACAGUUCAACUGGCAGUCGAAAAAGUGACUUCAAAAAAGUUUGCCAUAAAGUGCACAAGGAAAUCAGAUUUAGGAAAAAGAAAAUAUGGCUUUGAAUAUAUGAGAAAUGAGAUCGACAUCAUGAGGAAGUUAGAUCAUCCAAACAUUCUUAAGCUAAUCAAAGUUUAUGAAGACCAAAAUUCUGUCUUUUUAGUUUUUGACUAUAUUGAAGGCGGCGAUUUACGAAGAAAAAUAAGCUUGAAGAAAAAAUUUGAAGAAUGUGAAGCAAAGCGAUUAAUUCAAAAAUUGCUGACUCCCAAGCGAACAAAAAAAAUUAUUUAGCUUAAUUUUUUUUAAAAUGCAGGGUGUUAAAAAUUCAACAGAAUUAGAUAGAGAUUUCAUUAUACUAAUUACCACUUAUAUGUCAAAAUUUUUUUCAUAAAAUUUUUGUUCGCUUACUAACUCACCCCCCUCAUCCUUGAUCGAACGACUAGCCAUCGUUCGAUCAAGGAUGGGGAUUAAAAAAAAAUUUUUUGGGAAAAAAUUUUUAUAUAUAAAAUAAAAAAAUAUAUAUAUAUUUAUUUUUUAUUUACUUUUAAAUAAGAGGGUUAAGAGUAUUUAAUAAUUAUUUUUACAGCAAAAAAUUGAAUUAUUUUCAUAAAAAUACCAAUUUUUAAUAUUUUGAUUUUUUGGUUACCCCUUUAAACUGUAUAAAUUUUAAUUUGUUCCUUAUUAAAUUAAAUUUUUUUUUUUAAAAUUUUAAAGAAUCUCUAUUUUAUUAUAUUAUUGAGUUUUUAAGCCUAGGUUUAUGACUAAAUCACUUCAGAUGGUUGAUUACAAAGCUCCUUGUCGUCUCAAAGUCUCUGAAAGCAACUUCAUUAUGUACAUCUUCCCAGGCUUUUGAUAACUAAUAUAUUUUAUAUAUAUAAAAAUUUGCAUGAUAUGAAAUCGUUCGAUCAAGGAUGGGGGUUAUUUCCCCAAUUUUUAGGUAUUUUUACAGUCAAUCGUUCGGUCAAGGAUGGGGGGGGAGUAAGGUGUGUUUUUGGGUAAAAAAGGGAUUUUACAACGGUUUUGUUCGAUCACGGAGGGGGGUGAGAGUUAUCGAGUAUCAUGAGUCUUUGAACAUCACUCAUCGGGAUAUUAAACUAGAAAAUAUCCUUAUUGUAGACAGGGAGGAAGAUAUAGACUUUAAACUAGCUGACUUUGGCUUGGCAAUUGAAGCUUGUGGGGAGAUAAAAGGAAGCUGUGGAUCACUGGGAUAUGCAGCUCCUGAAGUUUUGAGAGGAAAAAUAUAUAAUUCAAAGAUAGACGUUUUUAGCGCUGGAAUAAUCCUCUAUAUGCUACUUUCCGGCCGUGCACCUUUUCCGGGCAAAACAACCAAUGAAGUAUUUUUAAAAAACCGAGAAUGCAAUAUAAAAUUCAAAGGAAAAAGGUGGUCAGAAAUCUCCUCACUCCCCUCCAUGAGCUAACAAAAUUUUCACAAAAGGUUAAUUUUUUUUUAAGAAAUUAUUUAUGAAUUUUAUAGUAAAAUAAUAUUUUUUAAAAUUUAAAAAAUCCAAUUCGCAAAAUUUGGAAAGCAAAUAUUUAUUUAAUUUGUAAAAUUUAUAUUUUAAAAUGCAAUUUGUUUUAAAUUAAACAGAAUUAGUUAAAGAUUUUAUAUUCUAAUUAUCAUUUAUAUAUAACAUUUUGUCAUAAAAAAAAUUUUUUUAUUAAAAUCGUUUUUUAUUUGCUCACGAAGGGUGGGAUUUUGGGCAAAAAAUAGGGGUUUUCCAAAUGGUUUUGUUCGCUCACGGAGUGGGGAGUCAGAAGCUAUUAAUUUCAUAAGAAAAAUAACUUCAUAUGACCCAGACCUAAGGCCAAGUGCAAAAACUGCCCUUCAAGACGAGUGGUUUGAAAGUGGAAAAGAUCAAAAUGAAAACGAAAAAUAUGAUAAAGAUUUUUCAGACAGACUAAAUAGGCUACAGAUAAAUCAAUGCUUUACAGAAAAUGCCAAAGAAAACUCUGGAAAUAUUUUGAUGAAAAUAAAUCAAGAAUAUUCUCCAGCUAAGCAGCUUAUAAUAUUAUACAUAGUAAACUUUACAGCUGUAAAGGAACGAUUUAAAGAAUAA